CACCGGGUAUUUUUAUCUGAUAAUAGUUCGUUAUGUAGAAAACACUUUGUAAUUAUAGAUAAAUUAAAGCUACUGGGGGCCGCCAUUUUGAAAGAUAAAGUUACCGUUCUUUACUAUAUUUCCCACAAUUCCAUCUGUUUAUGACGUAUGACAGGCAAUUCCGCCUCUGAAGCUCAAAUUGACAGAAAACAGGUCAUGUCUGAAUGCAAAGGUUAUCAAUAUGAGCCGGAGUUUAAUGAAGAAGAAUUAUUGGCAGCUUCAGCUGAAAGCUCUGAUGAUUUGGGAGUAAAUGAAAUAAAUGAAAGAGGUGAUAAUACCAAUUGGUGCACGUGUGGACAUUGUGACAUUCUUCCAAGUCAAAGAGAAUGUGUAUGCUGUAAGGAAUUUGAGCAUUAUGCUGAAAAUUAUAUUUCAUCGCUAUGUCCAUGUAUUUCACAGCAUAGUGACUUUGACAUGGUGUGUCUAAAUAGAGUAGUUCUUGAAACAGCAUAUGUUGCAUUUUUACGAUAUAAAAGGAAAAGUGGACAGGCUCCCCAAGUUCUGACAAACAGGCAAUCAAGGCUCAUGGCAUAUAGGCAAUUUAUUUGUUUUGUGAGGAGGGGACAGCCAUUAGGGAAAAAGAAUCGAGUGGUGUUACCUGCUUGUGUUGUGAUUAAAAUCAGAAAAGCAUUCCCAGAUGAUGAGUAUGAGGGUUUCCACAGCGAGUCAUCAAGUUCGGAUUCAGACUAAAUAAAACUUUA